UUUAAUACCGCGUUUUUAUUAAUAGUGACCGGUUUUGUAUUUAAGCAUGUUACGUUUUACUUGAUAUCAAAUGAUUCACUUGUGAAGUUGACUGACUGCACGCCACCUCUUUUAAAAGCAAAUGAAACUUAUUGAUUUGCCAAAGGAAGUACAAGGAGGAUGUCAUUCGUUGCUGUAAAGAUUCCUUUUAUUAAUGUCAAUUUCAACAAUUUUCUAAAAGAAAGACUGUUUAUGAAGGAUUACGCUCGGAUUUAAGUCUACAUCAAAGACUGCUUUGCUCUUCUCUGUCUAACCUGGAACUUCAAUAUGACUACGAUGCCGCCUUCAGAUGUAACCUUUUGUAAUUCCAGUCCUACUUAUUCCUCUGAAGCCACGGCUGCGUUUGCCACCGUGAUGACACUCAUCAUGCUCUUCACCAUCUUUGGGAACAUCCUGGUGAUCAUUGCUGUCCUGAAAUGCCGCUCUUUGCGUGGACCUCAGAACCUGUUUCUGGUGUCCCUGGCUGCGGCGGACAUCCUGGUGGCCACAUUGAUCAUCCCUUUCUCCUUGGCCAAUGAGCUGAUGGGCUGCUGGUACUUCGAGGCCUUUUGGUGUGACAUCAUCUUAGCUCUGGAUGUGUUCUUCUGCACAUCUUCCAUCAUACACCUGUGCGCCAUCAGCCUGGACCGCUACCUGUCCAUCUCCCGGCCGGUGAAGUAUGCAUCCCAACGCACCCCUUACAAGAUCAAGUGGGCCAUAUUUGUGGUGUGGCUCAUCUCUGCAGCCAUCUCUUUCCCCCCGCUGGUCUCCAUGAACAAGACCAAGCAGUCAGAGUAUGGGCCCGAGCCGCAGUGUAAACUCAAUGAGCACCGCUGGUACAUCCUGUACUCCUCCAUCGGGUCAUUCUUCGCCCCGUGCCUCAUAAUGAUCCUGGUGUACAUUCGUAUCUAUCAGAUUGCCAAGAGGCACAGUAGAUGUCCUCCAGGAGAGCCAAGGAAAGACUGCGCAGGCUGCGAUUCUCUGGGACGGGAGCUGCAGAAUGGGAAAAACCAAAGAGGAGAUAUCCCUGAAAAUGUCCCGAAUGUUCCCAGUGCGGCUGCUUCCAGAUCUGACAGCAUAAACCAGUUUCAACCACCAGGAGAGAGCGGGCAAAAGAUGUCUCACUCAAGGAGGUGCAAGGACAACGAGGACAGUUCGAGCUCUGGCUCUGAUGUUGGGGUAGUUGGGGGACAUCAUUCUAACAGGACAGCCUCUAACAUGAGGGCACUGGAGCCUGGCUACCAGACAUCCUCUCCAACCCAAACAUACCACAACUUCAUCGCAACAUCAAAGGGCAGCCAGCUGGCCUCUUCCAUCAUGAAACCAACAGGAACACUGAACGCCAGGAGGAAAACCCUGAUCGUCCGUGAGAAGCGUUUCACAUUCGUCCUUGCGGUCGUUAUUGGGGUUUUUGUCGUCUGCUGGUUCCCGUUCUUCUUUAGCUAUAGCUUGCAGGCCAUCUGUCCAAAGGCUUGUGAACUGCCAAAGCCGCUUUUUAAGUUCUUCUUCUGGAUUGGCUACUGCAACAGUGCCCUGAACCCACUCAUCUACACCAUCUUUAACAGGGACUUUCGUAAAGCCUUCAAAAAGAUUCUGUGUAAAAAGUAUAAUGACUGUUCUUUUUGAAAGCGGACAACCCAGAAAAAGUUUUAUACCAUAAAGUGACAUUUGUUUCUUCCGAUGGGGAAGCUUACAAAAACUGUCAGGGCUAAUUUCACUCCAG